UCAUUUUCAUCCAGAAGAAAAAAUUAGAGGUUUUGGGAGCGGCCCGUCACAUCGGUGUAUUCGAUUUUAUCCAGUCGUUGUUCUAUCAUAUCGUCUGUCGACUUCCAUCAUCAGGGGGAAAGUAUGACGCGCUGAGAGCGCAGCGUGUCUGAACAGGCGGAAGGCAACAGAGCAAUCGCCUCAGCAUGUGCUACAUGUGACGACAAGGAUGCGCGGAGCGUGGGACCAGCAGCAGCCCGGCUGAAUAACUGUGAGCCAGAGUCCGGGGGGGGGCACCAGAUGGACAGGUUGGGAGGACUGGAGCCUGCUGUCAGCCUGCCUGCUAGAGACACCAUGGAGCAGAGCUUCAGCUUCAACACGUUGAAGAAGCUGGCGGCAGAGCCGGACCACACGGACGUGAGCCUGACGGCGGCGGAGCGCGUGCGCGCCCUCAGCAAGAUGGGCUACAACAUCGAGAUCAACGAGGAGGUGACGCCGCGCCGCUACUUCCGCUCCGGCGUGGAGAUGGAGCGCAUGGCCGCCGUCUACCUGGAGGAGGGCAGCCUGGAGAACGCCUACGUGCUCUACAACAAGUUCAUCACUUUGUUUGUGGAGAAGCUCCCCAGCCACCGGGACUACCAGCAGUGUAGCGUGCCAGAGAAGCAAGUCAUCAUGAGGAAAUUGCAAGAAGUGGCUUUUCCACGGAAGGACCAGCUCAAGAAGCUUCUGCACGAAAAGUACAGCAAAGAGCACAACGAGUAUCUGAGGAGACAGAGCCAGGCGGCGUGCGCGGCGCAGCAGGGCUGUGACGAGCGUCUGCAGCGGCUCUCCCUGCUGGAGGAGGAGCGCCAGCGCGUGCAGCACCUGCGCCGCAUGCAGAUCGAGUCGGAGCAGUUCCGCUACUUCGAGGACCAGCUGCGGCGCCAGGAGCAGGCCAGCCGACGCCAGGACGAGCUCGCCGCCGCCAUGGCGACGGCGACGGCGGCGGCGUCCGGGGCGUCCGGCAAGGUGCCCGAACAGACGGACGGCUCGUGCCUCUCGCACGGCACCAAGAACCACGUGCGCUCGGACCCCAACCGCAACAAGAGCCCGGUGGCGGCGUCCGGCACCGGGAACAACGCCGCGCCUCAGGUCAAGCCGGCCGCCACCUUAGCCGCCGUGCAGAAUCAGCGAGUGGACGGGCUGAGGCGCGUGCUCGUGCCCCGGGACCUGACGCACCGCUUCCUUCUGCUGGCCGACAGCAACACGGCGCGGGGCAUCGAGACAUGUGGGGUGCUCUGUGGGAAACUGACCCAUAACGAGUUUGUGCUGACCCACGUGAUCGUGCCCAAGCAGUCGGCCGGGCCGGACUACUGUGACAUGGAGAAUGUGGAGGAGCUCUUCAGCUACCAGGACCGCCACAGCCUGCUCACCCUGGGCUGGAUCCAUACCCACCCGACCCAGACGGCGUUUCUGUCCAGCGUGGACCUGCACACACACUGCUCCUAUCAGCACAUGCUGCCCGAAGCCAUCGCCAUUGUCUGUGCUCCCAAGCACAAUGACACAGGAGUGUUUAGACUCACCAGCUCUGGGAUGGGGGAGGUGGCCGGCUGCAGACUGAAGGGCUUUCAUCCGCAUUCAAAGGACCCACCUCUAUUCACUAUCUGCAAACACAUUGUCGUGAAGGACACCAAGACAACGGUUCUAGACCUCAGAUGACAGGGGAACCGGGGACAAGAACCUCAUAACGCAGUGAACAUGACCGCAAGCUCUUUUUUGCAGAGGCCCACCGGUCCGAUUUUUAUCUGUUUACAUGAAGGCUUUUGUAUUUAUUUAUUUUGAACUGAAGUACUGUGGAUUUGCUUCUUUUUUUUUUUUUGCCGCCCUGAAUGUCGUGAAGAAGUUUUGAUGCAGAUGCCCUGGAGUUGUUCUGAACUCUUGUGUUGUUUCAUAUAUUUUGUUUGAUUUUAUUUUUGGGGGGGUCUUUCUUACUAUGCUCUGAAAUGGUUUGUUAAAACAAUCCGUGACUGGGUAUAUCAACUAAAUGAAACAAUAAUGCCUGGCGGGGGUGUUCCAAGAACGUGUGAGGGGUAAACCUCCGUAAAAAAAAGUCUUGAGGUUUUAUUUUGCGUGGAUAAGCAAAACUUCUCUAUCAGUAUCUUUAUCAAUUACUCUGAGUCGACUUACUCAGGUUUGUCACUAAACCAGAUACUUGGGAGUACCCCAUUGCUCUUGGAUGGAUAAUGAUUUUGUGAUCAAAUAUAUGCAGGUUUUCAUUUGAACACCAGAUGGCGGUGUAGAUCCAUUGGGAAGUGCCAGAAAAGCUUUGGUGAUUUUAUCGAUGCCUUCAGAAGGACAUGCUGAUUGACUUAAUCUGUACGCAGAGCCAAGUAGAAGACUUUUGAAGGCGUUUGUAGACAUUGACGUGUUGACCAUUCAAUGAUUUUCAGUAUUCAGCCCUUGCUUUUGGGCUGGUCUAAAAAAACUUGAAGACAUUUUGGCAUUUUUUACUUUCUACUUUGUCUGUGAAAUUUGUUGGUGGCCAACAGUCUCCCAGUCAAUAAUGGAGAGAACUCAAUAAGAUGUCAAGAUGUGAAUGGUAUACUGUCACCAGACAUAGCUGAGCCAUAUCUGAUGAUCUAGUCAGUCAUACAGUGAUUUUUUUUAGUCUUUAUUCCCUUUUGCCAUAUUUUGUUUGUAGUGAAGAAUGUUUUUUUUUUUCUUCGUGUUAAAAGAUGUUGUAGCUGCAUUUUUGAAGUUCUUUGUCAGUAUCAAGCUCUUUAUGUUGUUCACUUCUUAAGCUAAGCACACAGGUACGUUUUGCCUUCUGGUGGUGUGAUCGCUUACGUUGGGACAAAAAAUGUGUGCGAAUGAUCAAGAAAACACAGAUAACAAACACACACACACACACACACUCACACACAAAAGCACACACACACACAUAUACAGUACACACGUGCACACACAAAACCAAAGGAGUUUUCAGACAAAAACCCCUAAAGGCCUUAAUGGAAAAGCUGUUCCUUUGUUACCCCCAUAUCUGUAAUCCCCCUCCACCAGAACUCAGGUCCCCUCCCCACAUACACGUACAGUACACUCAGAAAUCACAUCAUCGAUAUACCGAUAACCACAUAUACUCAAAAUUUCAAAUACCAUCGAACACUGUAUUUCAUCAUAUAUUUUAUUGCUGUUAUUUUCCCCAGACUUAUAACUGUAGAUUUUAGGUGGUUGAGGUGUGAGGUGUGUGUAUGGUGUGUGUGUGUGUGUGUGUGUGGUGUGUGUGUGUGUGUGUGUGUGUGUGUGUGUGUGUGUGUGUGUGUGUGUGUGUGUGUGUGUGUGUGUGUGUGUGUGUGUGUGUGUGUGUGUGUGUGUGUGUGUGUGUGUGUGUGUGUGUGUGUGUGUGUGUGUGUGUGUGUGUGUGUGCAUGUGUGUGUGUGUGGUUGUGUGUGAAGCAAAACCUCAAAACGAAAUAAACAAAUGGCUACUCGUGGCUAUAGUGUCAGUUGUUUAAAGAAUGACGUUAUCUUUUCUUUCUCCUGUUUUACUCUUGUUUUUAUAAGUUUGGUCGUUUGUUUAUGAAGGUCUCUCUGUUGUGCAGCUGUGUAGUGUUGUAUAGUG